UGACCAAAAACUGUUUUUGUACUUCUAAAAGUGUCAGCAGUUACCUUCCAAAUAAACUUAACUUCACAUUUCCAAUUUCCUAAAUUUAUUUUCACAGAUAUUUUUAAACGAAAAUAGCAGUUUGUUGAUUGAAACCCUAACCAAAGGUUUCCCGAUAAGGCUAAAAAACAGUAAAGAGGAAGAAUGGAAGAAGUUAGCAAUGGAGGGAUGUUGUACCACGAGGUACAAGAAUCUAAGCUUUGCGCUGUACAUUGUGUAAACACCGUUUUACAAGGGCCUUUCUUCUCAGAGUUCGAUUUGGCUGCGGUAGCUUCCGAUCUCGAUCAUACGGAGCGGCAGAUGAUGGUUCAGGGCAGCGGCGACUUUGUUCCCGAAGAGUCUCAUAAUGUUUCCCUUGACGGAGAUUUCAGCAUCCAGGUUUUGCAAAAGGUACUGGAGGUAUGGGAUCUUCAAAUCAUUCCACUGGAUAGCCCAGCUGCUGAGCCGGCUCAGAUUGACCCAGAACUGAGAAAUGCAUUUAUCUGUCACUUGCAGAACCAUUGGUUCUGUAUCAGGAAAGUAAAUGGGGAGUGGUACAACUUUGACAGUCUCAAGCCAGCUCCUGAUCACCUUUCCAAAUUUUACCUUUCAGCGUAUCUUGACUCCUUGAAAGGCUUUGGCUGGAGCAUUUUCCUGGUGAGCGGAAAAUUUCCCAAGGAAUGUCCGAUCUCUUCCUCUGAAGCUUCUAGUGGAUAUGGACAGUGGCUGUUACCAGAAGAUGCGGAGAGGAUUACCAAGUCCUGCAAUGCUGCACAGAGAACAGGUAGCAGAAGUGGUCAAACUCAGUGGCAAUCUGUUCCCUACCGCCAAUACGAGGAACAAGGUAUGCUUUUAGAUGAAGAAGAUGAGGAUUUGAAAGCUGCAAUUGCUGCCAGCUUGCUGGAUGCUGCCCCCGCAGUCAGCACCAAACCUGAUACCUUGGAAAAUGAAAAUAAGGACAAUAGUCAAGCUAAUGCAUGACAAGGGAACAUUUUCAGUGUUUUAAGCCGGGAAAACUUAUGAACUGUUUUUUUUCCUCAUAAUUGCAUCCGAUACUGGAUACCAGUUCAUAAUUCUGCGGCAUAAACAGUGAUGUUGUUUCUUAUUUCAAAAAAUAAAAUAAAAACGAUACACAUGGAUGUUGUUUGUUGGCUAAGAGCAAGACUUUUAUAUAAUUUGAAAAGAAAAAUGAAAAAAACUUGAUCUU